AUGUAUAUAUUCAAGGAUGAUCCUCAAGUGCCAUAUGAAAAUUUACCUACGUUUGAAGAAUUAGCUGCAUACACAAAAGAAUUUGAUGAUCGUGUUAUAUUAAAAAGUAUUCCAGGAAUGUACUUAGAUGAUGAAGAUGAUUUGAAUGAAGAUUCAGAUGAUGAUGAUAAUGAUAAUGAAUUGGAUACAGUUGAUGAAUUUGAUGAUUUAAUAUUUGAUGCUGAUUCUGUCUUAUUAUUAGAUAAUUCUAAUGAUAUUCAAAUAAAUAAUACAAGAAGAAAACAAAUCAAAAUUGGUAUGGCACCACCAAAACUUGUUUUAGUUAGACGAAAAGGGGAUUAUCGAAUACCAGAUAAUAUUAGACCACCUUUACAACGAUUUAGAAUGGAAGUUAUGUUUUGGAGUGUAUGGGGUAUGGUGCGUCAACAUUUAUUACCAGUGAAAAGACCACGUGUAGUCGUUGAAAUUGGUGGACAUAAAUUAGAAUCUGAAAUCAUCAAUGAUUUAUCUAAAAUGCCACUUUUUGAAACCCCGUUGAAAGCAAUGGAUAUUUAUUUACCCGUAGAUGAACGUUAUUGGCCACCUUUAGUUUUUACAUGUUUUGAUAAUCGUAUACUUGGUACAAAGAUCACAAUUGGAAGUCAUACAAUUUCUAAUGCACGUGAUUAUUUAGUGUUUGAUAAUGACAAUCAAUCAUCCGAUAGUGCAAGUACAAUAUAUAUGGAUAGUGAAUCAGAUAGUCCAAGGAAAUUAAAUUUUAAUUUUGAUAAAACUGAUUAUUUUAAUGAAAAUGGACCAAGUCUAGAAAUGUUAACAAACCCUUCCAUGGCAGCAGCAGCAACAACAACAACAACAAUGGGACCAACUCCAAUGAAAUUAAAUGAUAAUGAUUUAGAAAGUAAAAAAUCAAUGGAAACUGGUUUAUCAUCAGUAGAAUUAUUAGCUGAUAUGAAUCCAAAUUUUCAAAAAUAUAAUUUACAUUAUAAGCUUCCAGAUAAUGCUGGUGAUUUAGAUUUAGUAUCUAUGGAUGGUGAUAAUUUCGGUCAAAUUAAUAUUGAUAAAAAGCCAACAGAUGCAUUACCUGGAAAGGCUCAUCUUGUUACAACACACUCUGGACCGACACCUGAACAAUUAGCUGCAGCUGACUGGUGGACCCGAUUCUAUGUUACUAUACGAAGUGGUGAAACAAAUUUCGAUGAUUCUCGAUAUAAGGGUGAAGUUAAUCCAUUAACUGAAUCAGAAGAUAGUGAUAUUGAAGAGAAACUAGAGAAAGUUGAUGUAAAAUCAGAGAAAGACUCAGAAGAGGAAAUUGAUAUGACAACUGGUACUGGUACAAAAUUAAAUCAUUUAAAUUAUAAAUUAAAAAAGAAAUGUUGGCAAAGAACUCAUAAAGCUGAAAAGAAAAAAUUAACCGCUUUAGAAAAACGUCAAUUGGAGAUUGCAAAACGUAGAGCUAGAAUUG